AUGGCUGAUUGUUGUUUUCGUCGGGAAUAUCUUGAUGAAUGUGCUGCAAAAGUUGUUAAAAUCGAAAAGAAAUUAACAAAUGAACAACUCAACCAUUUACAUGAAUGUAUGUUUGUGGGUACUGAAGAAAUAGCUAAACAGUGGAAUAUUGAUGAUUUUGAUUUUCAUAUGGAUUUGAUGGAAUGGUUUUUUUGUCGGCGUAUGGCUGAAAUCGCACUUGAACAUCACCGAUCUGAAGCAAAAGGAGCUCCAGCUUAG